AUGGCGUCAGACCAAGAGAAGAAGGAACUUCAAGAAAGAUUUGUUGCCAAACUAGGCGCCGAAGCAUUCCACACUGGCUGGGAAUCUCUUCUCUCUGUCGACCCGGCCUUCUUCUCCGCAAGCCUGUCCUUGGCCUCCGUGCCGCGCCAGAAAUCCCACCUCUCGCGCAAGGAUCAGUCCCUCAUCUCUCUCGCCGUCGACAGCGCCGCCACGCACCUCUACGCCCCUGGCAUACGCGUACAUGUCGCAGCCGCGCUCAAGGAAGGCGCCACCGUACACGAGGUACUGGAGGUCAUCGAGUUAUCUAGCACGCUAGGCAUACACGCGUGCAACAUUGGGGUGCCCUUGCUCGUCGAGGUCCUGAAGGAAGAAGGGAAGUAUGAGGAUGAGAUAACGAAGGCCUUUGAUGAAAGGCAGGAGAAAUUGAAGAAGGAAUUCACGGAGAAGAGGGGGUAUUGGCACACCUUCUGGGAAGACUUUUUGAGACUCGACCCGGAAUUCUUCGAGGCCUAUCUCGAGUUCUCGAGUGUGCCGUGGGUUAAGAAUGUCGGCGGUAACGGGGGAAGCGGAAGAGGCGCUCUUGAACCAAAGAUGAAAGAGCUCGUGUAUUGCGCCUUCGACAGUGCGGCCACUCACCUUUAUGUUCCCGGCCUGAAACUGCACAUGAGGAACGCCCUGGGAUACGGCGCCACACCGCAGGAGAUACUGGAGGUUCUGGAGAUCGCCACCUUGUUGAGUCUGCACACAGCCCAUGUCGCGGCACCCAUCAUAGCGGAGUUGACGUCUGGGGCUUCGGCUUCGACAUCGUAG